AACAUCUAGCCCAGUCUAAUUAUCCUUUUAAGACAUUUGUAGUUUGUAGAGUGAAGAAGUGAAUUUGAAAUUAAGAAACCAAACUGACACAAAAAUGUACUGUUGUAAACAAUUGGUGUCAGUUAUCAUCUUUUGUGCCAUCAGCCUAAAUUCACAGAAAUGUGAUGAAGGCCAGAAGGAUAUCGUUCUUUUAUUAGAUUCUUCGGGAAGUGUGAGAGCGCGUAAUUUCCACAAAUCAAAGAUAUUCGUAAGGAAUUUCGUUGACAGUUUACAAAUUGCUGCGGAUAAAGUGCAAGUAAGUUUAAUUUUAUUUAGCACACAACCAAAGAAAAUAUUUUGGUUGAAUGAUUUCAGUGAUAAAGACAAAAUCAAGAGUGCGGUUAUGAAAAUUCCCUACAGAGGUGGAAGCACAGCUACUGCACAUGCGUUACGUUUUACGAAUGACUAUGUACUAUCAAAUGACCAUGGUGACCGAGAAGCAGCACCAGAUUUGAUAAUUGUGAUCACUGAUGGAAAGUCAAACAAGCCAGAAGAAACGAUUUCUUCAGCUAAGGUACUUCACGACCGUGGUGUUGACAUUGUAUCUAUAGGAGUUGGAGAUAAAGUUGAUGCCACAGAAUUACACACUAUAGCCUCUGAUAGAAAUUUUGCUAUUCAGGUCGAUAAUUUUGAUAAAUUAGAUAGUUUAACAACUACAUUGUUCCAGGCAGCGUGUGAAGGAUUAAAGACAACUACAAGAAGAACCACAGCUAUAGAAGUGACUUCCGCACGUCGACUGACUGAUACAACUUUAUAUAAAAUGUUCAGUGAUGUGGCAACCGAUUCUACAGAACAAACUGGAUCUGACAGACCAACUUACGUGUACGAUUCUUAUAAUACACGUUCAUUAAUUACUGCUACAAGUGAAGAUUUCACAACACCGGAUUCAUCUGGCACAACUAGUGAAAGUUUCACAACAUCGAAUCCAUCUGGCACGACUGCUACUGUCAUAACAAAUGACACCAAACCAGGAAGAUAUUUGACAACGCCAACGAACAGUCGAACCAGGUCAAGUUUUAAAACUUUAGUCGAUUUGAACAUUGAGACCACCACAUCGACUAUGGUUUCAACAACAGAUUUUGAAGGUACAGUUUACAGCAACAUGGCAGAAAGACAUACAACUGUUCCAUUCACAACUUCGACUCGUGUUACUAAGAAAGCGAAACAACCUCUCACCGUCGAAAUACCAGACGAAUUAAUGACUACCAGUUCCUUAACUCGAUCAUCACGGUCGUUUGUUAAAUCAACAUUUAAUUUACCCACUUUUCAAACUAGAAUUCACACAUUUAAAAACACCCAAAGCAAACAAGAAAAUCACAGUACAACAGAAACUGUGUUGGUUACGGAGAAUAAUAUAUAUCCAAUUACGGUUAGUUUCCAGAAUAAAACAACUAUGGUCAAUCCAUCCACAGACAUGGACACAAAUGGGACCGAUAAAUUAAAUUUGGAUAAAUUAAUCAAUGAAUGGGCAACAAUAGUCGGAAUAACGACAGGGGCAGCUUUACUCGGUGCCGCAGCUUUUGGUACUCUAAUCUGGGUGUUGAGGCGACGUCACAAUAGAGAAUCAAAUCUUCCUGCUCAGGAAAGAGAUGUGUAGAUGGCGGUUGUUGAUGUUUGUAAUCUAAACGGUUUCUUAUUUAGUCUAUUUAAAAUCUGGUUCUCUGAUAAUCAUUACCAAAAAUAUGUAGAAGGGAAUUUUAAUCACUACCUGAUAUUAAUCAUAUAUAUUAUAUUUCUGGAUUCAUUCAAAGUUUUGUAUAGGUUUCUUCUUGUAACUGUGGUAAAAUAUUUACCUGCGGUAAUUAAUGAGACACUUUUUUAAAAUAGAAACGGGCCAUGUGGUCUUUUUUUAAAGUGUUACGGGGGUAUCUGAGAGCCAGAAAAUUUAUUUUAUAUAGCCUUAAACCCUUCAGAAACUUAUUACUUUUAUUGUUGAUUAAGGUCAAGGUAAAUUGACAAAAAUUGUCACAACACCUUAAAUGGGUGGGGGGGGGGGGGGUCCUCAAAAAAUCAUUUACAACAAUCUUAGUGCCGAUAUUUUGGUAUCUAAAUGUGCUUGAGGUGAUACUUAAAGCGGAAAUUGCAAAUUAUUAAGUUAUAUUUUUAAAAGUUAUUAAAAUAAAGCCUGAAAAUAGAUGGUAUCCAUAACAGUCCUACCUUGUUAAAGAAUAAUCCUAUUAAUCCUAUAAUUCACUAUUGCCAGCUGAGAAAUUGGCAAAAAUAUCAUUUUCCUCUUCAUUUUCAAACGUUUGUAAAAAGCUACUCCAUGGUGGAGAAUAGAAAACAAGGGGGGUAAUUCGGAGGUAAUUGUGUUAUUAUUUCCUGUGUAAAUGAGUUUUAAGUGUGAGAAUGACACCUACGAUCGUAUAAUUGUUGACAACCUAUUGAGCAAAAGACAUAGAAAUAAUUACGUUUUGACUUUCUUAGAAAAUUUGCAAUUUCCGCUUUAACAAUAAAAAAAUGGAUGUAUAUUAAAAAUAAUGACUUUGGAA